UCGCCCGUACGUUUCUGCAGAGGAGGCGGGUCCGCCCCCCGUGCGCGCAGGCGCGCGCCCAGCCUGGGAAGCCGCAGGCUCAGCGUUCAGUGACCACAGGCUGGUUAUUGUAGGUGGCUGGUGGGGCCCUUGGGUGGCCCAUGGAUGGGAGAGUGGAGAUGGAGAUGUUAAGGACCUUGAAGGGCACUGCUGCUGGGGAGGUCAGCGUCCACCUGGUUGCCAACGACAGCACUGGCCACCUGCCAGCCACCACCUUCAUCAUCCCAGCCAACACCACGACCAUCAGCCUCCCCACCAAUACCUUAGAGAUCCCACGGUUCCCCAGGGAGUCUACAAGAGCAGGAGGACCAGAGCGGGCUCCAGGGAGCGAGCCCGUCACAGCUACCGUCCUCCCCCAGCUCAGUUCGGGGCAGGCUGGAAAUACUGUCAGAGUUCUUGAGUGGAAGGAUGGGGCAACCUCCCUACCUGGGAGCAACCUACGGCUGCGGAUCAGUGACUAUGGAACGCUGAAGGUGGUGGGCGCAGACAAGAUAACCUCCCCAGAGCUGCUGAGGGAAGACUCGGACCCAGACAGAGCCCCUCAGGGCCCAGCAGGUGGUGGGGAUGCGGCCUCCCAGAUGCAAGAGUGCCCUCAGGGACGCCAAGAGGAGGAAACUCUGGGCCAUUGUCAUAUGUGUGGGCGUCAGAAUGUGUCAGGGCCAAUCAGGGGUUUCUGCAGUGAGCAGUGCCAUCGACAAUUCAAAGAACGAUCUGUGAUUGUGGAGAAUUCAGGGGGCAGCAACAACACAUCAGACCUCCUGAAGCCUGUGAAGAAGAGGAAGAGGAAGGAGUAUCAGAGCCCCUCCGAGGAAGAAUCUGAGUCUGAACCUCUGGAGAAACAAGAAGAACGGAAGAGCCUGGAGGCUGAGCCCACCAUUGACACCCCCGAAAGUGAGGAAUGGAGUAGCCAGCCUGGACCCGGCGAGGAGAAGAAGGAUGGGUGGUCAUGGGCCAGUUACCUGGAGGAACAGAAGGCCAUCGCUGCACCACUGGAUCUCUUCCAUGAUUGCCAGGCUUUCCCUCAGAACAAGAACGGCUUCAAACUGGGCAUGAAGCUAGAAGGAAUUGACCCUCAGCACCCAUCCAUGUAUUUCAUCCUCACAGUGGUGGAGGUUUGUGGGUACCGGAUGCGUCUGCACUUUGAUGGCUAUUCUGAGUGCCAUGACUUCUGGCUCAAUGCCGAUUCCCCCAACAUCCACCCCGCUGGUUGGUUUGAGAAGACCGGACACAGGCUACAGCCCCCCAAAGGUUACAAGGAGGAGGAGUUCAGCUGGAGCAACUACCUGCGCAGCACCAAGGCCCAGGCUGCCCCCAAGCACCUGUUUUCCAGCCAUAGCAAUAGCUCAGUGCCCACAGGUUUCCAGGUGGGCAUGAAGCUGGAGGCUGUGGACCGCAUGAAUCCCUCCCUCAUCUGUGUGGCCAGUGUCACUGACGUGGUGAAUGGUCGUUUCUUGGUGCACUUUGACAACUGGGACGACACUUACGAUUACUGGUGUGACCCCAGCAGUCCUUACAUCCACCCUGUUGGCUGGUGCCAGAAGCAAGGAAAACCCCUGACCCCUCCACAAGAUUAUCCAGAUCCUGAUAGUUUCUGCUGGGAAAAAUACCUAGAAGAGACUGGAGCCUCUGCUGUCCCUUCCUGGGCCUUCAAAGUGCGACCACCCCACGGCUUCCUCAUCAACAUGAAGCUUGAAGCUGUGGACCGAAGAAGUCCAGCUCUGAUUCGGGUGGCCAGUGUGGAAGACGUGGAAGACCACAGGAUAAAGCUCCACUUCGAUGGCUGGAGUCACGCCUACGACUUUUGGAUUGAUUCUGACCAUCCUGACAUACACCCUGUGGGCUGGUGCUCCAAGACUGGCCAUCCCUUACAGCCCCCACUCAGACCCAGAGAGCCCAGCUCUUCCUCUCCUGGGGGCUGCCCCCCACUCAGCUGUAAGAGCCCACCUCACGUUAAGACCUCCAAGUACAGUUUUCACCAAAGGAAGUGCCCCACACCCGGCUGUGACGGCUCUGGCCAUGUCACUGGAAAGUUCACAGCCCAUCAUUGCCUCUCAGGCUGCCCACUGGCCGAGAGGAACCAGGGCCGAGUGAAAGCUGAGCUGUCAGACACCGAGGCCUCUGCACGCAAGAGGAACCUCAUUGGCUUUGCCCCCAGGAAGAAAUCCCGACACCACGGCCGGAUUGGACGCCCUCCAAAGUACCGGAAAAUCCAGCAGGACGACUUCCCGGCUUUGCCCCCCGACAACAUGCACCAAUCCUUCUUCAUGUCGGCCUUGCCAGCUCACCCGGGUCGUUCUUUGUCCACAUGCUGGGAGCAACACUGCAAACUUCUGCCGGGGAUAGCGAGUGUCAAUGCAGCAUCGGUGACCAAAUGGACCAUCGAGGAGGUCUUCAGCUUUGUCCAGAUUCUGACGGGUUGUGAUGAACAAGCUAAACUCUUCAGAGAUGAGAAGAUUGAUGGCGAGGCCUUCCUUUUGCUGACACAGGCGGACAUCGUGAAGAUCAUGUGCAUCAAGCUGGGCCCAGCCCUGAAGAUCUAUAAUGCCAUUCUCAUGUUCAGAAAUGCCGAUGAUACCUUAAAGUGACUGUUUCCCUGGUCCGGGACUCCCAAUCAUCAGGGUCCUCCCCCUCCUACUGACAUCUCCUU